CAAGUAAUACUUUGGGAGACACAGCAGCCAUGUCGAAAAUCUCUGUCGCAGGCGUUCGUCAGAACGUUAAGGAACUCCUCGAGUACAGCAAUGAGACCAAGAAGAGGAACUUCCUCGAGACCGUCGAGCUCCAGAUCGGCCUCAAGAACUACGACCCCCAGCGUGACAAGCGUUUCUCCGGAACCGUCAAGCUUCCCACCGUCCCCCGUCCUCGCAUGAGCAUCUGCGUUCUCGGUGACCAGCACGAUAUCGAUCGUGCCAAGCACCACGGCGUUGACGCCAUGAGCUCUGACGACUUGAAGAAGUUGAACAAGAACAAGAAGCUCAUCAAGAAGCUCGCCAGGAAGUACGAUGCUUUCGUCGCCUCCGAUGCCUUGAUCAAGCAGAUUCCCCGUCUCCUCGGUCCUGGUCUCUCCAAGGCCGGAAAGUUCCCUUCUCCCGUCUCUCACGCUGAGGACCUUGCCAACAAGCUCACUGAGGUCAAGUCCACCAUCAAGUUCCAGCUCAAGAAGGUUCUCUGCAUGGGUGUCGCCGUCGGCAACGUCGGUAUGACCGAGGACGAGUUGAUCUCUAACAUCAUGUUGGCCAUCAACUACCUCGUCUCCCUCUUGAAGAAGGGCUGGCAGAACGUUGGUAGCCUUACCAUCAAGGCUACCAUGAGCCCUCCCAAGCGCCUCUACUAGACAAUUCAUCUGUCUUGGACUUUGAAAGUGGUCACCCUUAAUUGGACCCACUUGCGAGGUUGACAGGUUUUUUGGGCAGUAAUGUAGCUAGAUACUCACAUGAAUCCAAACCAUGAAGCCCAAAUCUUUCUCUCCCACUUUUCUUUGCAAAAUUCUGUGAUGUCUGUGCUACGACAUCAAACUUUGACAGCAAACUGCACCGUGCCAUUUUACGAGCUUUCCCAAUGCAAGCCUACCCUCUGUGCCUCUCUCUCAGUCUAAGGGGGAGUCGGACAUAGUCCUGGUCACCCACUGUUGUUACGAUCACAUCUGAACGCCUAUGUA